CACUUAUUGAUGGAAGAGGCGUGGGAAGAAACCACAGAAUUCUAUUAAUAAUAGAAACAAACUCAAGUCAAGAACUUUAGUUUUGUUUCGUGGUCGGGACUGUCUUCUUUCUUUCCAUUCAGGUGAGCUGAUGUUUUAUAAUCACCAAGGAAACAUAACUCUUGAAAACUAAGCGCGCCAAGCCCAAGCAAGCAAGCGCAUCCCAAAUGGUUGAUAAUGGAACAAUAUGUAGCCUAACGUUUACCGUCUAGUGUCUAGGCCCAAUUAAAAAAGUACAGCCUGCCGUUAACUCUGAAAGGUCUGUGCUUUCUUUGAUUGUCACGUACAUUUAAAGCUUUGCAAAAAUCACCGGCUGUUCCAGGCCCUUACUAUUCGGUAUUCACCAUCAUGUCAUUGUAAGUACACUCGCCUCCAAGAACUAAGACAAGACAAGACUAAGAAGAGUGAGACCUAAGAUCUAGAGAUCUAGAUUCUAGAUCUAGAUCUACGUGACUCAACUACCAGCGGUUGUGAUGAUGGUGGCAGUGAAUAAUGGGGACACUUAGUUCACUAUAAAUACCUAGAACAUAACUUGGACUUGUGGUCCAUGGCCUUGAUGAGGAAGUAGAUCUGUCAUCUGCCUGCCAGCAACUGGACAAGAGGGGGAAGUUGUUUCACAAUCACAAGAUUGUUUAUAUCUGUGUUCCAUUUAUUUUGUCUUUGAAAUUUAAACCUCCUUUUAGAGUGACACCGAUGACGACUGUUGCCAUGAAGCAGAGCACACUUGCCGGGCUUUUUAGUCCAAAGUGUGGUUUACAACCACAGACCAAGCCACCAAGUGAUUCAGAAACUGCCCACAAUGAGCAUACUCAGGAGAAAACCCAAGACACUGAAAAGCAGUGUAGCAGUGAAAGUGAAAACACUAAACUAAAGAAAGAUCAACCUAAAUCUAAGAAGGUCAAGUCAAAACUCUCCCUGUCUUCUGAAGCUCCCAACAGCCAAAAGAAGAAACAACAAAAGAGGAAAGAGGUCGCUGAAUUUGAAGAGACUGGGGCCAACACUAAUAUUAGUAGAAAAUCAAAACCCAUUAUUGAGAAUUCAAAAGCUGUUACGGAGAGUUCCACGCUUAAGGUUAAGGAAGAAGAGAGUGAUGUUAAAGCAAGUGAUGAGAAAGAAACACUGUCAUAUGAAGAUUUUCUUGGAAUGUUCAAACCAGCAAAUUUGGGAGAGCCUGUGAAUACUGAAAACGAAGAGGUUCCGGAAAACAUUAAAGAUGAACCAGAGAGUUCAGUACCUGAGCCGGUUAAGGGUAUGGUGCAGUGUAGGACUAUAACUUCUUUCUUCAAGAAAAGCUCUGUGAAAACGAUUGAUUCAAAAUCAGAAGUAAAAUCAUCUGCUCAAACUGUCACUGUUGAUGUUCACCGUGAUGCCUUGUCAAAGAUACAACAAAAACAGGAUACCAGCUUGGCGACAUCAAUAAAUAAGAAAUGUGAAAAGACACUGAAGAAGAAUGAAAGCAAGGGUUCUCAACAUGAUGACAAUGAAAUAAUUCUUCUUAGUUCGGAGAUUAUAGUCACAGAUGAUAAAGAUGAUAUUGGACAUGAUAUGAGUGCACAGAAAGUUGGAAAUAAGCGAAAAUGUGACAAUACUGCAAGAACUGAAGGUAGUGAGAUAAAGAAGGUGAAAUUUGAUGAAAGUGGCAAAAAAGGAACUUCAAAAGAAGAAACUCAAGGAAUGGUGGUGGAUGUUGAAGCUCCUGUCACUGUCAAUGACACAACGCAAGAAAAUGCAUCAGUGCCUUCAGCUUCAAGCACAAAAAAUCCGUCUCUAACACGCACUCAAUCAAAACUGAGCUUUGGAAAGUCUGGUUUGUCUGUGGUUAAGCCUGUUCUAAAUGUGGAGGAAGAUGAAUCGAAAGUUAAUGAAAAAUUGUCAGACAGGAUAGAAGUGUCGGUUCAAUCUCCGCCAAAAACUGUGGAAGAAACCAUGGAUGUUGGCGUAGGCACAUCUGAUGCUGCACUUACUUCAACUGAGACGGAGAAGGGAAAAAAGAAAGGACCCAGUGGAACUCGGAACCUUAGAAGCAGAGACACAAAUGUUCAUGAAACGCAAAAUACAGAGGAUUCUCCAACUCAACCAACGACGUCCUUAAGGAGGAGCUCACGUACUACGCGGCCAAUACAGUCCUUUAAAGAAGUGGAAGUUAUGGAGGUGGAUGUUGAUGAUGACGAGGAUGAAAAGAAGAUUAAUGAAAAAAGGUGCAAGGAAUUAAAGAGGCCACCCAAAAGUGAAAUGAAAACAAAGUCACCCCUGCCUAGAGAACCUGAGAAGAAAGUACCAGGAAAGCUUGCUCCUAUCUUUACCAAAGUGAAGGCGGCGGAGGAGGAAGCACCAAUUCCUGUGGAGGACCCCGAGAAGGCUCGGCUGAAAAGAGAAUUUUUAAUGAGUGGUGUACCUGAGGAGUUAAAACGUCUCAUAGCUUCCAAUACUUUGAGCAACGUGUCGGGUGAUUAUCCACCUUUCCCCAAGCACAACCACACCCAGCAGCUUGACGGUCAAACUGUCCACAAGUCGCUGGUUCAGCUGAAGGUCAAGAUACGUGGUUCGGAUGGACAAGUCUCUCCCGGGGAUUAUGUUGAAAGCAAAAACUGGAGCAGAAUGGCAUUCUCACGAGAGCUGGAUUAUCAGGAUGCAGCUUUAGUACCUUUUAAGAACUUUUCUGCCCACCCGAUCCUCCCGAAGGAAUUUGUGAAUGUAGUCCUUGCAGACUUUCAAAAUUCGGAUGGGAAAUUCCCGUUCAAGGAAACAUAUCAGUAUCUUCAGUCACAGCUGACUCUUGGGGGUAUGUCAGGAGCUGAGCUGAGCAAGAAAUGUCCUGCUGAGACGCUGGAGGACUCUGUGAUUGUGGUGGACGACGAAGGUCCUCAGGCGGAGACUUCCGAAGAACUCGCAAGGUCACAGCUCUAUAAAAAUUGCCUGUGGUCUGACCUGCACUUCCCUAAUAAUUCCAAACAUCUGAUCGGCAAUGCCAAAGCGAUUCAGCACAUGAAGGAGUGGCUGGUGGAGUGGAAGCUGCUCAUGGAGAAAGAAGCGUCUCGGGAGAAAAAGGGGAAGAAAAAAGGGAGGAGUCUAACCAAAGAAAAAAGUGAAUCCAAAGAGAGUGAUUGGUCUGAUGACAGCGACUUCAUAGACAGCGACGAGGAGGAAGAAGAUCUGUCUCUGUGUAACACCAUCGUCAUCACUGGUCCUCACGGGGUGGGGAAAACGUCCUCUGUGUACGCCCUUGCUCAAGAAAUGGGCUUUAAGGUGUUUGAAGUGAAUGCGUCGUCGCUGCGAAGCGGGAAGCAACUCUUGUCUCAGCUGGAGGAGGCCACUCAGUCUCAUCGCGUCUCUCGAAGCAAGAUGGCGACGCUGCAGACACCCACGAGCAUCUCACAGCUAGGGAAACAAGAAGUUGAAAAUUCAGAAGCAAAGUCUUCGAAGAAAGGGAAAAAGACACCCCAGUCUUCUUCCAAGCCAGCUGGGGUGAACAGUGCUUUUGCCAACUUUUUCCGACCUGUCCAGAAAGAUAAGGCACAAGACACACCAAAGACCACCCGAGGGAGAGAUGCAAAAGGGAAAUCCGACAGGGUAUCUUCACGCCAGGCAGAGGGAACUGCUGUUGAGACUGAGUCGGCAAAAAAGAAUACGAAGAACAGCCGCCAGAAAGCUAAAAGGUUGAAGAGAAAUGAAGACGAGGAUGUGGAAGUAGUUGAGAUGCCCGAGGCUGAAAGUGCCACGGCAUCGUCAGGCUCCCUCAACUUGACGUCAUCCUCUCUUAUUCUGUUCGAUGAGGUUGACAUCAUCUUUGAAGAUGACCGUGGGUUCCUGGCUACGGUUCAACAUUUCAUGACGUCUACCAAAAUCCCUAUCGUCCUGACGGCACGGGACGUCUCCUUCCACCAUCAGCUCUCGGCCAGACACGAACACCUUGUUUUCAAGCGACCACCGCAGAGAACAAUUGCGAGUCUGCUGUGCACUGUGUGCUUGUCGCACGGAGUACGGGUGAGCCACAGGUCCAUGCUGAAUCUUGCCAGCCUCACAAAGGGAGACAUCAGGCGGGCUCUGUUGCAGCUACACUUCUGGUGUGAGUCCGGAGGUGGGACUUCGCAGAUCAUUCUGGACUUGAUCGGGUCACCGCAGAAGGAAAGCCACAAACCAUCCUCUGGUAAAAUAUCUCCCAAGAGUCUGGGUGGAAAUGUUGUUUCCAAAGAGGAGCAGGCACCUGUCAAGGAUGAUGAUGAAAAUGUUUCUGAUGUGAAGCCGGUCUUCCAGAGAGACAGCAGUGACGAUGAUUUCACUUGCCUCAAGUUUGAAAGGAAACGACGGGGUAGAAUGGUACUUGACGAUAACGCUUCUACUUCUUCCAACGUGUCUGUGGCCUCCUCACAGGAAAGUUCCACGGCAAAAUGUAAAAGACGCAAACAGCAGAAGCAGAGAAAGAGCAAGAGAGAUCGGCGCGGAGGAAAAACUGCUGAUGAGAAGACUGGCAGACGAGCCAAACAUGCGAAGGAUGACAGUGCUUGUGGUGGUGGUGGGGACGAUGGCAUGAACACAUCUCUGGAGCAGACGGUGUUCCCUCCCGUGCACUUGGGCUGUGAGGAAGGCGUCUUGGCAAUGAGGAAUAGUGUUGCAAGCAGCACUGCUAUUAUCAACUUGAUCAAGGCACCCUUGGUGGACCUGGAGCCGGCCGUCCACGUCUGUGGCACCCUCAAGAGCUUGUUGGAAAGCAGCGCUGUCUACCGUCUGGCCUUGCACAGUCUCCCCCUGCCCCGGGCUGACUCGCUGCUGAUACAACUCACGCUGCCACACACGUCUGCUCAAACUGCCUCAGAUUCUCCCGCGAAAAACGCCUGGAAAAGAAUAGUUGUAGGGAAUUGGUUGGACAGUGACUCGUCUAGUGAUGGGUGUGGUAAAGACGUGAGCAAACCUGCUGAAGAAGCUAGUGCUAAAGACGCUGCAGAUGAGGAGCCUUCUUCACAAGUAGAGAAAACCUCUGAUGAUAAAUCUUCUAAAUCAGAAGGAAAUGUUGAUGGUGCUGCUAAAUCAGAAGGAAAUGUUGAUGAUGCUGCUAAAUCAGAAGGAAAUAUUGAUUCUGCUGAAAGGCAGGAGCAUUUACUGUCUGGAGAUGGUGAGUCAAAAGUCUUAGUUAAAGAAGGCAGGUUAGUUUGGACGACGCUCCGUGACCUGGCUCAGUAUUACGAUUGUGUGUCUACCACCGAUGUGUUGGAAGCUUCGUGUCCUGGUGUGUGUGGUGGACAGGAAGAUCUCGCGCCUGGGAUGGACGAUACGGAAGUGAGACCCAGCGGAAGCUCACACUGUAGCCAGGAUCGCUGGUGUCCCGAGUUUGUGGACUCGAUGCAUCUUUUGUCAGCGAGACGUUUAUGUUCUCAAGUUGAGCGUCGUUUGGCUGAAUAUCAUGGUAACGGCUCUGUCGGAGAUAGUGCCACUGACGCCACUGGUGAUGACGGCCAGAGUGAGGAGCGGUCACUGUCUGCCCUGUCCGGUCAACUCGAUCUGCCUAUCGGAGAGAAGCUGCCUGAUGUUUGGGAUGCUGUUGGUGCAGCUGAGCUCAGCAAAAAUAAAAAUGCCUUGGUGAGGAAUGUUUGUGACAACCUUGGAUCAUGGCAUCGAGACUGUGACCUUGCUAUUCACAUGGAUUACCUCCCUGCUUUACGAGAGAUGUCGAGGGUGGAGCGUGAGCGACAGGACACCAAUACAAAGAGAAGAUUCUACCACUACUUUGACAGCAUUAGCUUUGGACUGAAGCCACAGACAGUGGUAGAGCUGGCCUCCACAUAUACAGUUGUCGACAACUCGUUCUGUCAGUGAUUUCAACGUUCACGUUAUUUUUGGGCAGUCUCCAACAGCCGAUUGUGUCAUGAAUUUGGCUGAAGACAGCAUUUUUAUGUUGGUUUUUUUUUCUUGUUUACAGUGUUCCAUUUUGUGCGGCUUACUUCUUUUUUUUAAAUGGCCAAAUCGGGAACAGAAAGUGGUGGUCAUUACACUCUGUUAGCUGGCAUACUUAUUCUUGUAAAAAUUAAAAAGACUUCUUGGUUCAGACUGGUUGAUCCUAAGAUUCAAAUUGUAUAUUUUUGCAUUUUACACUCUUUUUCUUCCUCUAUCACUCUUUCCUUCACUUUUUCUUUCUUUUUUUUUAUUGUGCCGGCAAGCUGUCCAAACUUUUUAGCCCAGAAAGCAACAUUUUUCAGGAGAAAGAAAAAACUGUUUCUUUCUUUUAAAAAUUGUACCUAAAUUAUGUUU